AGGUUAUUGUGACUUCUAAAAUCUAGAAUGGUUAGAAAGAAAAUUAGGCUUUUUUAUGACAUUGUCAUUGAAACCUUAGCCUGGCCAUGACUCACUGCAGUUUUCCUUGGAGGCCCUAGACCAGCCUGUUCCCUGUGGGGUCCCAGGGCAUGCCCACUCCUCCUGGGGGCUGGGAAGUAAGGCCCUACAGGGACAUCAUCCUCAGGCAGGGUGGUGGCUGUGGUGACGCCAAGGAGAGGCUGGCACAGUGUACAACCUGAGUACUUUUUACUCUGAAGAAGCUGCCAGACACAUUUAAGCCCUCCUUAAUGAAUGAGUGACGGUCCUACAGGGCAACUCUGGAGUUAGGAUCUGUGCACUUUGACCUCUUUGAUCCACAUAAGAAGAUGCACUAUCAUGUGGGUGACUAUAGGGGACAGGGCUGCAGUGACAGUGGCUCAUAUCUCCUGCCUAGUGUAGGUGACCACUGUGGGGUGACAGCAGUGCUUUCCUGAUAAAAUGCUGGGAUACCUGACCCAAGGAAGAUUAACGUGCUUCUCCUGUUUGAACGUGCAGGGGGCGAGUUUCCGGGGUUGGAAAGAAGUGACUUCUCUGUUUAACAAGGAUGAUGAACAGCAUCUGCUGGAAAGAUGCAAGUCCCCCAAGUCCAGAGGAACUAACUUACGAGUGAAAGAAGAGUUGAAGACAGAGAAGAAGUCUGGAUUUUGGGACAAUUUGGUUUUAAAACAGAACGUGCAGUCUAAGAAACCAGAUGAGAUUGAAGGUUGGGAGCCUCCAAAACUUGUUCUUGAAGAUGUAGCCGCCGACUCAGGGGACCCCCCGAGUGACCGUCCAUCCCGGCCAGGCUGGGAGGAGGAUGCCAAGGGCUCCACCAAGUACACCAGCCUGGCCGGCGCGGGGAGCAGCUCCCGCUGGAGCCUCAAGUCGGCCGGGAAGCUGGUCAGCAUUCGCCGGCAGAGCAAAGGCCACCUGACGGAUAACUGGGAAGAGUUGGAGUGACGUGUCCGCGGAGACGACACAGCUCCCAAGUGUUUCCAAACCAAAAUUUGCCUAAUUUUGCACCUCUGUGUCAUUUCAUUCAGAUUCUGAGUUUGCUGGAUCGUGAUGUUUUUUAUUCGUGUAUCAAGUUGUUUGGUCUUUCCCGGAUGGAAAGAGCAGAGUCUCGCAUUUGGACUUUCCUCUUCGUGUGGUGAUUUGGGAAACCGCAUCCUGUGACUUCCCGGUGGACAUGCAGGGCCUGCACAUCGAUUGCCUUACCUUAGAAAUGUUCUCUUCCUGUUGUCCACGUGUUGCUGAAACUGGAGACAUGCGGUCUGAUGCUGUCUUCCUGUGUCCCCGUCGUCGCUCUUUGUCCCCUCUCUGCAUGUAGCACACCUGUGUCUGUGACACAAGAAUGUAGCAGCCGUGCACUUCUCUUCUGUUGCCAGAAACUUGCAAUCCAGGUGUGAAAUGAAUCUUCCAAAGGUUAUGUUAAAUUGUGUUUAGCCUGGCAAAUUAAACUCUUCUAUUAAAUUUUAAAACAUUUAAGCAGAUUAAACACUGGAAAAGCAAAGGCUGUAUUUGAUUCAGCAUGAAAUGCACUGUCUGCAGACGCAUCUCCCAUCUCCAGUGUCUGUGUUAGAUGGUGACAGUAGUUAGAGUUUUUGUUUUUACUUCUCCUGAACUUUCAAAUACUGAUUUUUAUUUUCUUGUAAAAUUUGUCUUCAUUUUUGAUUGCAGAUUAAAGAAUGCUAUAAAGCAUGAAUUAGUUUUAGGAAGCUGACACUUGAUUUUGUUUGGAAAAUAUUAACUUGCUCGUUGUAGAGUUAAAACUGUAUGUAAAAUGCUAGAAGUGCCUCUUUUCUCACCCAGGGUUUUGUUUUUCCAUGUGAGAUUGUGAUUGCCAUUGGACCCUGAGAAGCUGUGUUACAGCAGGUUGGGGGCACCAGUGAGGCAUCUCUCUUCUGUUUCCAGACUUGCUUUUUGUCUCCCUGACAAGUGACCCCCAUGUUGGGCACUUCGGCACGUCUCCCUUAGGUCACAGUGGUUUCAAAGAGAAGGUGCCAGAGCUUUUCCGGCUAAAAACAAAACCCUCCAGUUACACUGUGUGUUCCUCUCUUGUGAAAACCCAGUGUCCUCAAGGUGUUCAGUGACCACUUCUGUGAUGUUCCAUGUAAGGGGGUGUCCUUCAGCAUUUCUGUCACCUGCCAUCUAUAGUCUGUCCUCACUCUGUCAUCUAACUACCAGUCCCCACUAUCUGUCAUCUCUGUCAUCUCUUUUAAUAGACAAGAAGUUUACUUCACUGAGCCCACAGGGGGACGUGUUGUGAGUGUUAAAGUUCAGUUUGUGUUAGAACCUUGCUUGAUGUGGAGAUUUUGUUUCUUAGUAGCGGAGUUGAAAAUCUUGUUUCCUCAGGUAACAGUUCAGGACGUAGCCUGUGUUCCUUCUCCCUAAAGGAGCCCUUGCAGUGACUGCACAGUCAAGCUCUGGGCCACGAUUCACACCGGUGCCGUGCCAAUCCUAUGUUGAGGUGCAGGAAACAAAUGUUGCGUCCUGGACUCUGGAAAGUGUGGUGGGGAGUCUGCUGCUCGUGGGCUGUGAUGCUUAAGUGCCUGAAAUUCCCCUCAGUGACACAUCAUGAUGCAGUUGGCAGAACAGCCCCCAUAACAUUGUUUCUCAAAAUCUGAAGACAAAGCCAGACUGGGGUUGGAAUAUGCACAUAAAUCACACUUUUCUUAUCUACAGAAAUUAAUGUAAAAAUGAAGUCUUCUUCUGUUGUAUCUGACUAAAUGAAAAUAACUGUUUGUGGGUUUUAAUAUAAAUAUUUAUUGGUGUGCUUUGGAGGAAAGAUAUUUUUUCUUGAUAGAAUUUACCAAAGUGACUUGGUUUUGUUCACUGGCUAAUGAGAGAACGGGUAUGUCCAAGUUCUGUUAAACACACAGCUUCUCUGUGUGAAGAGGAAAGUGCCUGUGUUCUUUGACUGCCGAUUUGUCGUUUUUUAGUAAGAAAAUGAUUGGCUUCAAAGAAGGUCGAGUUCAUCCUUAAUGCUGAGGUUUUUUUAAAAAAAUAAAAACUUGGUUUAUACUUUCUAUUAGUUUGCAUGAUUAAUGGCAUCUGCUUACGGUGACUUAAUCGCUCAGAGCUGACAGCACCUGUCUCUACACUGAACCUCCUUGAAGAUGCAAACCACACUGUAGACUUUUUCAUAAAUAAAUAACCAACUUCAACGUCA